AUACAGCAAACAGCCACGCUUCAAGUAGCCAGAAGCGGGAGGAAGGCACUGCUCGUACUCGAAUUCAGCUCUGCGCAUGCGCACGAGCCCGCUGGCAACUGCUCAUACGAACCUUAGCGCCUGCAGACAACAUUAGGUAUGGAAUGUUGGUACAACUGUAACAUUGCCAGCUGUGGAACAACUUUGGUGCAGAUAGUAUUUUGUCAACAUGACUAUAAACAUAACCAAAGAGAAAUCGAUAAGUUUAGGAAAGUUGUAGUGAAAAGCGAAAUGCAUAUUCGUUCUCGUGUAUCAUAAUGUCAUUGAUAUAGGUGUACUAACAAUGUGGUUUUUUUAUUUAUUGAGUUGGUUUGCAUUGUUGGUGCAAGUGUGCUUUGUGACUGUGGCUGUUGCUGCUGGACUGUAUUAUCUAGCGGAACUUGUGGAAGAAUAUACCGUUGCAUCAAAAAAAGUAAUUUGGUGGAUGAUAAUUGGAACUUUGCUUAUAUACAUUGGCUUCAUCCUCUUUGAAGAUUUACCCCGCACUCUAACUGUGUGUGGCAUUAUUAGUCAGAUCUCUCAUCUUUUUAUCCUGAAAACAUAUCCAUAUGUUGUGAUCACAUCACCUUCAUUUAUAAUUGCAGUUAUUAUGUUGGUUGUGAACCACUAUUUAGCAUUCCAAUAUUUUGCUGCUGUGUACCAUUCAUUUUCAGAGGUACUUUCAUAUUUUACAUUAUGCCUAUGGCUAGUUCCAUUUGCAUUAUUCGUCUCACUGUCUGCAAACGAAAAUGUUCUGCCUACAGUGGCAGAAACAAGACCACUUCUUGAUGACAGUGAUGUGGUUACCAACUACUUUUCAAGGAAAGGAAAGAAAUAUGGACUGUUGUCAUUCUUCAAUUAUGCGAAGGAUUCUAUACUACCUCAGCGAACUAAGAAGGCAUUUUAACUGGUUUGGGUGAAUGGUUUUGUGUAAUAAUUUGCAAUGAAAAUGUCAUGUGGCAACAGAAAUGACAAUUGUGUUUGUAACCUGUGAUACAUAUAUUUUUUGAAAAGGACGGAAUUGUUUAUAAUUUUAUGUGUUGUUAACAUUGGUGAUUAAGGUGAUCACUGAAUUUUGUACCUUUCUGCUAUCUAUGAGACUGCUUUAGUGUUUUUAUGUAAUUAAGAUGAUGAUAACAAACACCAUCAGUGAUUUUUACUACAAGAGCUAGUCACGAGUAUUAAUUCAGAAGUUACACAUUCUGAUUUAAUUCUGUUUCGUACAUUUCAGGAAGUCUGUGUUGUAUGUUACUUAUUACUGAAUUUCCAAUUUAAAUAAAAAAUGGUUGAAUACUCUUUGUAAAAGAAGUUAAUUUAUGUAUACAGUGUGUUUCUGAGCAAAUACUGAGUAUUUCAGAUUUGAUUUUUUGUUGAAAAAGUCAUGUACACAUGUGUAUAUUUCAGUUGAAAUACAGUUGCUAGAAGUUUAUACAUACUGUUCCGAGACUAGCAACCUAAGUCUGAAAGAGACUUCAAACUCAUGACUCUGAUGUCUUAAUGGAACAAUAUUGCAGUUGAAAUUGUCUUUCUGUGGUAAUAAAAAUGUUUCAAACAGUG